CGAGUAUAUUUGUUAAUUUUUUGGGACAGGUUGCGACAGUUGAUAAAUUUCAAGGUCAGCAGAAUGAUUAUAUCUUAUUGUCUCUAGUCCGUACGCGCUUUGUUGGCCACCUCCGUGAUGUUAGAAGAUUGAUAGUUGCAAUGUCCCGUGCUCGUCUGGGUCUUUAUGUUUUUUGUCGACGUUCUCUUUUUGAACAAUGUUAUGAACUUCAACCAACAUUUCGAUUACUUUUAGAGAGACCUGAUUGCCUCGCCCUCAAUGUUGAGGAGGCCACAUCCUUGACAUAUCGCCCCGUUGGAGAAACUGGACCAGUCAGUCUUGUUAGUGGACCUGAGGAAAUGCAGGGUAUUGUGAAUUUCAAGAUGCAUCAGGUCUAUCAGGCACGGAUGCUGAGCCAUAUUGAGUAUUCAACUCACCCAGAAGCUGCUCCCCAGGAAAUUGUUGAGCAGAAUGCGAUUUCCGCAUCCCAUAGUAUGGAUACUGAUAAGACUGCUAUGGAAGAUGGCGCACAAGACACUGGGCCUUCAGAGUCAAUGGAGUCCACAAAGGUUCCACCUGAUGACGGGGAGAUGUCAGUUGCAGGCCAUUCAAAUGGAGAGGUUGAUGGUGAGGACCAAAGAGUUGAUAGUGGUGGACUGAGCACAUCAACCGGGUCCAUAAAUGUUCCAAAUGAUGAUACAGAGAUGUUAGUUGCGAGCCAUUCAAAUGGAGAGGCUGAUGGGAAGGACCAAAAAGUUGAUAGUGAGGGAAUUCAAAACGACUUUAAUGUGGAAAGGAAGAUGGAAGAGUAAUAUAAGCUGUGCGAGAUGGAAGAGUAAUAUCAGCUGUACUCCCAAGUUUUCUUUUCUGGACCACCAUGGAACUUGGAUUGCCUGCGAGAUGUGAAUUAUGAUCUCGAUUGUUAGCAGCGUAAGAUGUAUUGAUCUGUAAGGUCUUCAGGUCAAAAGACCAGAUGUGUUGCAACUGCUGCAAAUGCAAAAUUGUGUAGCCUGCAAUCGACUUCCACAAGUGGCACGGCUUCAUAUCAGUGAGCAUUUCUAAAACAUAGGCAGGGACUUGGUUGAAGAAUUGUGGCUAAUAGCCCGUGACAUCAAUUAGUUUGUAAAGUGGGACAAACCUAGGUGACGGUCGUGGGGUUGGGGCAUAGGUGGCACCACUUCAAGACCCUCACAGUUUCUGGUUAUUCGUUGUUCCUCUGUCGUCUUAAGGUAAAAUCAUAACUUCUUGUAAAGUAAAUUCAAAUGUACAACUGUUUGAAUCGUCUAAACCUAGAUUCAAGGGUUACAUAUUUUUGAAUCUAAGUUUUGUUUCACUUGUUA